AAUUUCAACAAAUGUCAGCGACGCCGUUUGUUUCUCGCAUUUAUCCUCACAUAAUUUUCCACUUCUGUUUUCUCGUCGACCCUCCUUCAGCCAAACGCCUUCUUCCUUUCUGCCUCUCCACUGCAGCAAUUCCUCUCAUUUUAGUUUCUUUCCUCCAUUUCCUUUCCUUUCCCUUCUUUUCUCUCCUACUCUCAUAUUCUUCUUCCCUGUUUUACUGUUAGUAUCAAUAAUAAUAUCUUUUUUUAUUUAUAUAUAUAUUUCCUCUUUCUCAGCUUCUUCCUCUCAAACUCCUGCAAACCCACACUCCUUGGUCAAAUAGGAAGAUGGAAUUUUAGAUGAGAGGGAUUGGUUCGAUAAGGUCAGUACUCAGUACUGAUAGACACUCGAGAAUAUUCCAUUUUGUGAAAUGUGAAGUGUUAAUGCUUGCGUUUGGGAAAUUGGGCAUCAAGUGAUUACAUUGGUUUACGGAAUUUCAUUUUCUUCGCUUUCGUGCUGGAUACAUGAUCUUGGUUUGACCUAAACUGGGUUAGUCAGAAAAAAUGAUGUCUGAAGAUGCUGGACAGAUGUUGGUCAUGUAUGAUGAUCCUUCGGAUCAACGGUCCUUGUCUUUAGAUGAAACAAGUAGCACAGAGGAAUCACCUGAUGAAGCCCGACUUUCUCUGGAAACCACUGCUGAUUCCGUUCCAUAUAUUGGGCAAAGAUUUGCAACUCAUGAUGCGGCUUAUGAAUUUUAUAGUGAAUAUGCAAAGCGAUGUGGUUUUUCAAUCCGUCGUCAUCGUACAGAAGGAAAAGAUGGGGUUGGAAAAGGACUUACAAGACGUUAUUUUGUCUGUCACCGUGCUGGCAAUACACCUGUUAAAACCUUAAAUGAUAGUAAACCACAAAGAAACAGAAAAUCGUCCCGAUGUGGAUGUCAAGCUUACUUGCGGAUAAGCAAAGUAACAGACUUAGGACCUGCAGAAUGGCGUGUCACAGGUUUUGUGAACCACCACAAUCAUGAACUUUUGGAACCAAAUCAAGUUCGGUUCCUUCCUGCAUAUCGAACUAUCUCAGAUGCAGAUAAGAACCGAAUCCUUAUGUUUGCCAAAACUGGAAUCUCGGUACAGCAAAUGAUGAGGCUGAUGGAACUUGAGAAGUGUGUGGAGCCAGGAUAUCUGCCUUUCACUGAGAAGGAUGUGAGAAAUUUGCUUCAGUCGUUCAGGAAAUCAGAUCAAGAAGAUGAAAGCAUAGAUUUAUUAAGAAUGUGUAGAAACAAUAAGGAUAAGGAUCCCAACUUCAAAUUUGAGUAUACGCUUGAUUCAAACAACAGGUUAGACAACAUUGCCUGGUCAUAUGCAUCAUCAGUCCAGUCAUAUGAAAUCUAUGGUGAUGCUGUGGUGUUUGACACAACUCAUCGUUUGACUGUAUUUGACAUGCCACUGGGGAUAUGGGUUGGAGUGAAUAAUUAUGGGAUGCCUUGCUUUUUUGGGUGUGUGCUUUUACGAGAAGAAAAUUCAAGGUCAUUUUCAUGGGCUUUAAAGGCUUUCUUAGGAUUCAUGAAUGGCAAGGCACCACAGACGAUAUUAACUGACCAAAAUAUGUAUCUGAAAGAAGCCAUAGCCAUUGAAAUGCCUUCAACUAAACAUGCACUCUGCAUAUGGAUGAUUGUGGCGAAGUUUCCAUCCUGGUUUAAUGCAGUUUUGGGGGAACGUUACAACGAGUGGAAAGCUGAGUUUUAUCGACUCUACAAUUUAGAGUCAAUUGAGGAUUUUGAAUUGGGCUGGAGGGACAUGGUCGACUUUUUCGGGUUACACACUAACAGGCAUAUCGCCAACUUGUUUGCACUACGUACACUAUGGGCUUUGCCAUACUUGAGAAGUCAUUUCUUUGCAGGAAUGACUACAACUGGCCACUCAAAGGCCAUCAAUUCUUUCAUUCAAAGGUUUUUAAGUGCACAGACUCGGCUUGCGCAAUUUGUGGAACAGGUUGCUGUUGCUGUGGAUUUUAAAGAUCAAGCAGCAGAACAACAGACAAUGCAGCAAAAUCUUCAAAAUAUUUGCCUAAAAACUGGAGCUCCUAUGGAAUCUCAUGCUGCCUCUGUCCUCACUCCUUUUGCCUUCUCCAAGCUUCAAGAGCAACUAGUUUUAGCUGCUCACUAUGCAUCAUUUCAGAUGGAUGAUGGUUUCCUCGUAAGACAUCAUACAAAACUCGAAGGAGGCCGGAAAGUGUAUUGGGUUCCACGAGAAGGCAUUAUAAGUUGCAGCUGCCAUCAGUUUGAGUUCUCCGGAAUUCUUUGCCGCCAUGCCCUUCGAGUUCUCUCGACAGGAAAUUGCUUUCAGAUUCCAGACAGAUAUCUUCCCUUACGGUGGAGAAGGAUCAGCACAUCACCGGCAAAGCUUCACCAAAGUUCUUCAAGUGAUCAUAUGGAGCGGAUUCAACUGUUUCAGAGUAUGGUAUCAACCCUUGUAACUGAAUCUGCCAAGUCAAAGGAGAGGUUGGAUAUUGCCACCGAGCAAGUCUCCAUUCUUUUGUCUCGCAUAAGAGAGCAGCCAGUUGCAUCACAAGGUGCGCGGGAUAUUUCCCCUAUUCAUAGAAAUCUUUGAAAAUCUUAAGCAAUUAGUGCAGAAGGCAAUAUAAGAAAUUUGGAGGAGAGGAAAAAAAAUCACUGUUGAGGUUAGAAAUGCAAGAGUCGAUGAAGGAUUCGGCAUUUGCAUAGUAAUUUUGUAGUUAUGGAAUCAAAGUACAUAAGUUGCACUCAAUAGGCAUCGUUUUGUCCGUUCCUGUCAAUGCUUGUUUUCAGUACCUAGACUUUGGUGGAGGGAAGGGGAGGAUAUGUUCUUGAUGAUUUCUAAAUGUAAAAUAUAUAGACAUAGAGAGCUUAUUUUGUAUUUUCUGAUAUUGAUGUGAAUUUUCUUUAGGAAAAAAAGAAAGCAUAGGAAGAAAUUGUUCUAAA